AUGUCUGGACGGCCCGAAUUGGACAAAGAUGUUAGCGACAGUGAGCUAAAACGGUCGAGAUCAUUUUCCAAAUCUAUAAAAGGCCUUUUCAAGUCGACGUCGCCACCAAGAAAGGCGCCAGGUACUGCAGAAAGUGGAGGAGUAGGUAUCAAGGCGAGUGAUAAGCUGAAAAAACUGGCCAAAAGUAAGGAGCUGGAGCUGGAAAGCAAGAGAAGAGACCCCAGCGCAAUACCGCCUCCAAGACUCGGAGACGCACCUUUAGCACCACCCGCGGCAGCUUAUAGACCUCAGAAUGGACAUGGUUCAAAGAGUGCGAGGUCGCACUCGUAUAUGACUGAUUUCGGUAAACUGUCGCUUACAAAACAGGCAGGCAACAGCAAUGCUUCGCAGGAAUCGUUGGUUAGCAAUGACGAUCCUAAACUGAAAGCGAAACACACGUCUGGAGGAAAAGCCGAUUUCUCAUUUUCGGAUGGCGAAGAGUCUGACUAUUUCCAGCCAAAAGCCGUUAGAAGCGGAGUUCAUGACCCCACGUAUGAAGAAUCCAGUAUCGACAACAAGCUGGCGAAAACGCCGGACAAUCUGAGACGUGUCAAAAGUCUUCAAAGAAGAAGCUCCAACGCAAAUGCCACCUCUAGAUCCCGUUCGCUGUCAUCGACGUCCCGUUAUAGGGGCCGGUCCCCUACUCAAGGUAGCAGCAAUACGUUGCGUGAACAAUCCGAAGACGAGAACGAUGCGCAGUGUGUUUUGAAAAGCAAAACUUUUAUGGUGUUUGAAGACGGACAUCAUAAGCAUACCCUGUCAGUCACGCAAAUAGUCUCGGAAAAUCACGACGAGGACGGCGCCAAAGGUAAAUCCAUGUUCUCUUUAUCGGGGUUUUUCAAAGGUCACAAGGACGACGAAAGGCUCGAAAGUGCGCUGUCUUUACUGCCCAGAGCAAGAUUGGAGUUUCACAAAAGACUUAGCAGGAUAAUGGACGAUGAAUUAAAAGACGAAAAUGAUGAAGGGUCGGAGAAUAGCAGUAGAAAGGGCAGCAUGCCUCAACCUGUAAACCCCAAUGCGGCUAUCGGAUCCGAGGAACUGGGGAUGAUAAGCAAAAUCUCGAAGAAGAUACAUGACGGGGUAGUAAUGGAAGGUAGCGUAGAUGACCAAAUGGCCAAGAAAAACUACACUCUGUUUCAAAAAUACGGUAAGCCUGUUGGAGUAAUAGGCCACGGGGCCUAUGGUGUGGUUAAAGUGUGUUGUAUAGACACGGCGAACAUCACUGAUGAGCGGUCUCUCGAUGAAACGUACGUCAAGGGAACAAAGAUGUACUAUGCGGUCAAGAAGCUUAAGCCAAGAACUGAUGAAGCGAAGGAAAAAUUUGGUACAAGGCUCACAUCUGAAUUUAUUAUCGGCCAUGCUCUGAGCCAAAGAGGUUCAGAAGACCACAAGUCUCAUCCAAACAUUUUGAAGAUGCUGGAUUUAAUGCAAACGCCCGACGGAUUCGUGGAAGUCUUGGAGUUCUGUCCAUCUGGUGACCUGUACAGUUUGCUGGCUCGUACUGCCAAGACGGGCGGAUUGCAUGUGUUAGAAGCCGACUGCUAUAUGAAGCAGCUGCUUCACGGUGUUCAGUAUAUGCAUGAUCACGGCAUAGCACACUGUGAUCUCAAACCAGAGAAUAUAUUAUUCGACCCACAAGGGACCCUAAAGAUCUGCGAUUUCGGUACUAGUUGCGUUUUUCAAACCGCGUGGGAAAAGCAGGUUCAUUUUCAAAGCGGUGCAGUGGGCUCGGAGCCAUAUGUUGCACCCGAAGAGUUCAUUGCCCAAAGGGAAUACGAUCCAAGGUACGUGGACUGCUGGAGUUGUGGUAUUAUCUAUUGCACGAUGGUUUUGGGACACUACCUUUGGAAAAUCGCCUUGGUAGACAAAGACCCCGUUUAUGCGUCUUUUAUUGAAGAAAUGCGCACGAAGCGAGAAUUUAGUGUGUUUGAAGAAAUGAAACAUGUGUCGCCUGAAGUAGGCCGCUGCCGGAAACUGUGUCUAUACGCCAUCUUCCAGUGGAACCCCGAAAAACGAACUAGUGUAGAAAAAUUGCUGCACAGCAAUUGGAUGAAAAGGACAUGGUGCUGCGUACCUUACAAGAGUUCCAAGAUAGCCCACUGA